UCAAAUCACUCUAUAUAUACAUACACACACAUCUAUAUCUAACACACAUUAUCAAGAUCACUCUCAAAACAUCUCAAGUGACCCACAACAGCAAAGCUACAGAAACUAACUCAAACCCAUCUUAAUCUCUAACUGUUUGAGCAAUGGCUGCUGAAAAAACCCAAGAAUAUCAUCAAGAAAUUCAAGAAAACCCCUCUUUAAACCAAGAAAAAAAGGACAUUUUUUCAUCAUAUUUAGGUCUAAGCUUUGCAGUCUUUCUUGGGUCUCUCCCAAAAUCGAGUCUUUCACUAAUCCCAUCUCUUCAGUCUAGAAAUAAGUCACUUUUGUUGAAGCUUCACCAAGCUGAAGCUGAGCUUAAAGAAGUUUAUUCUAGAAGAAAAGAGGACUCAAAAGCGAAUGCUAGAGUGGUUGAGAUCUUUGCUAGCCAUAGACAUGCUUGGCAACAAGAGGAGAAGAGACUGCUUCAUGAGAUUGAUGUGAAUGCUGAAGAGAUUGCUCAUUUGAGAGCUAAGCUUGAGGAAUUUGAGAAAUCUGAGGUGGGGUUUAAGUCUAAUAUGGAGGAUUUGAAGAGGGAAAUUUAUGAGAGGGAUGAGAUGUUGAAUUUUAUGUCAAAAAGGUCUUCGGAAAUGCAGGAUUAUGAGGUGGAUUUGGGGUCAAGGUUUGGGAAACUUAGGGUUUCAGAUGGGGUUGAUUCUUUGGAGGAGUGUUUUGUGGAUAAUAGAGGCGGCCUUCAUAAUUUGGAUGAAUUGACUGGUGGGUAUGUGCAGUCUGGUAAUGACUUUGAUUCCAACUUUUCGAAUUUGAGCUCCAAGUUUUGGGCUGAAAGAGCAACUCCUUGGCAGGACUUACAGUACGAAUCACCUGAAUCUGUAUAUCAUUUGAAGCAUUUUGUUGCAAGAAGAGAGUCCCCGUGGAAAAUGGAAGGGGAGUCUACCGGAAUUUCUGCAAAACUAAAGUUACUUGAGCAAGAGCUGCUAAAUUUAGAAAGAGUCGGAAAAAAUGAUUUGUCUAAGGUGCCAUCACUGAUGCGGAAGCAGGCUAAAAGAUAUCAAACUCUUGCAGGAAAGAUUGAUGAUCUUUGUCGAAGAAUGGCAAGUGAUCAAUGUGAAGCCGACCUUAGUCCAGAAUUCCGGACACGAAGGCAGACCGAGUUCUUGCUGGAAGCAUUUCGACUCCAGCAACGUGGAUCAGAAACUGGGCAAAAGCUUUUAGCGCUUCAAACCGAGACAGGAAAGAGUUGUUUUGGCGACGCACUGGAGAGCCAGGCCCAACUGGCCACAAGUCGGUCAAUAGGUUCGAUAAAAAACAACUUCAGAGAAAUCCAGAGGAACUUGGAGAUAUGGUUGGCCAGAAUCAUAGGUGAUGUGGAAGGUUCGCUUGCAAGAGACGGGGCUUCAAGAUUAAAGGAAUACAAUGCUUCAAGAUAUCCUUUUGGUCAAUAGAAAGAUGAAUACUUCUUUUUUGGAACCUUGAUAACAAGUAUAUCUCAUCUUUGGUUAUGUAGUAAUGUAAUCAUCUAAGCUCUAGUCUUGUGCAGGAAUAUGAUGACUUCAUUUGUAAAAAUGCAUUGUUUUAAGGGUAAUUUUGAUCUCAA